UAAUAUACAAUACAUUCUAAAAGUGAAUGUCAGUCUGGUAGUGGUUGAGUUAGUUCAAAAAUUUCAACAUAUUUGGUUUUAUUUCUCAAUAUAACAAUAAAUACUCCUGUCAGAAAAAUAGUUAUGAGAGAAGGCUCAGCUAUUUUAUAUAUAAAUAAUAAACCCAUUUUAAUUCUGAUUUCUUCAUUUAAAGAAAAUACUUCUCCAUCUUUCAAGUCAACCCAAAAUAAUAAAAAAAAUACAAAAAGAAAGGCGGCAGAAAGCAUAACGGCUAUAAUACCAUCUGCCGACUCAUUCAUAAAUCAGCCAAUACUCAAUAGCCACGUGUACAAAAAGAUCAUUAGUUUUCCGAUUGUACCCCUCCAGACUUUCCCUCUAUUUUCAAGCCCUCCUCCUGUCCUGCUUUAACAGAAUCCUCUUUGUUUCUUUAACCUCGUCGUGAUCAUGGAUCCUCCCACACGGAAACCCAACCGCCUAUGGAACAUCCUCAUCCGAAUCCUCACCUUCGGUGUCCUGGUCCUGGCCGUCCGAUUCGCUUACGUCAUCACACUCGCCGGCGAGUCGUGCGGCUACAACGACUUCUGCUUCUUCCCCAACAACCUCAAACUCCGCUUCGGCGGCGGCGAGGCCUUACGUGUUCGUGGAUCCGCCCAGCCACGUGUUCCUGGGCUCUGGACCACCAAGAAGUGGCGCAGAACAGUCGAUUACUACUCGGCGAUUUUCCAAGGCCUGAUCGCCGAUGGGUUUCUCUCGCCCAAUUUCAAAACCCUCUGCGUCGAAACCCUAGCCGGCCAGGACGUCCUGGCACUUCAAGAAAACGGCUUCAUUGACUCGAUUGGAGUCUCCAAGAACGCUUCUCCGCCGUUGGUCGUUGCCGGCGAGGCCCACCGCCAACCGUUUAAUGAAGCCACGUUCGAUUUUGAGUUCUCGGGUCUGGACCGGUCGGGUCGACCCGUGGAUUUUUCUGAUGAGCUCUGUCGGACUCUGAAACCGGGCGGGUUCUUCGUGGCUCACAUUGUGGCUAAAGAUUCGUACAGCGUCAAUUCUUUUCUCCAAUUGUUCAAUUGCUGUAGACUCAUUCGGUCGCGCGAGAUCGACGGCCUGGAAACGACGUCGGUUCGCGAGGUUGUGAUGAGGAAAGAGGCUGAAUCUUCUGGUGGCAAUUCCGGUUAUAAAUGCUCGGUUCCAGGGUAUAAGCGGGAAAUAGUGAGAAAGGCAGAGGCUUUGAUAGAGCAAGAGCCACUGAAACCUUGGAUUGCAUUGAAAAGGAACUUGAAGAAGGUAAAGUACUUAACUUCAAUGGUGGACAUUAGCUAUAAGCAGAGGUACGUUUAUGUUGAUGUUGGGGCUCGUAGCUAUGGGUCUAGUAUAGGAAGUUGGUUCAAGAAACAGUACCCAAAACAGAACAUUAGCUUUGAGGUGUAUGCAAUUGAGGCUGAUAAGGCAUUUCACGAAGAGUAUAGAACAAAGAAAGGGGUGUCUCUUUUGCCUUAUGCGGCGUGGGUGAGGAAUGAGACCUUGUUCUUUGAGAUCACAAGAGACCCAAGUAAGAAAACUGUGGAUAAAGGUAGAGGAAUGGGGAGGGUUCAACCGGUGAGGCCUUCCUCGAAUUAUGGGGAUAAUGUGGAUAAGAUUGAGGGGUUUGAUUUCGCUGAUUGGUUGAAGAACACGGCUUCGGAGAGAGAUUUUGUGGUGGUGAAGAUGGAUGUGGAAGGGACUGAGUUUCAUUUGAUUCCCAGGUUGAUUGAGACUGGUGCCAUUUGUUUGAUUGAUGAGAUUUUUCUUGAGUGCCAUUACAAUAGAUGGCAGAGAUGUUGUCCGGGUCAGAGGAGCCCCAAGUUCAAGAAGACGUAUGGUCAAUGCUUGGACCUGUUCAAUAAGCUCAGAGACACUGGAGUUCUUGUACAUCAAUGGUGGUGACUGGUGACCUGUGUAUGGUAAUUGACUAAUAGUUGACUUGUAGUCUUGCAGGAAGCAUACUAGUUAGAGUUCUUUCUAUUAGGUGUUGCUUGAUUCUUUGUAGUGUGUAGAUCGGAUUCUUGUUUCUUUGUUUCUCGAUUCUUUUAUUAGUUCAAAUGAAAAAUAUUCAAUGAGAUGGUUCAUUCUUUUCCCCUGAUUUGGCGUCUCAAGUUUUUGCUUAAAUUUUGUACUGAUGCAGUAUGUAUUUUGCAACAUAAUGCUUAUGUGAUAUAAGAUGAGAACAGAUUUGGGUA